AUGCCCAGCAAGAAGGCCGCUGUUGAUGAAAAGGCUUCUACCGAAUUGCUCGCCAAAGAUGGCCUCGAACCGCACUUGAACAGCUGGUGUUCAUGGCACAAAAUGAUUCAGCAGAACGUAUAUCGUACUCCGUAUUCCGAAUUGGGGCGAGCUUUAUUAGACCAGACACCACCGGUAAAUUGGCGGGUCCCGACUCUGCGUUCCUCUCGACUCGACACCAACACCCGAGCCGAACGCGUACCGCACUCUUGGUUGUUGGGAAAUCUCACCAAGACACGAAAAGGCGAAGACCUCAAUGGUGGAGAAUCUCACCUGUCAUCCCUCUUACACCGAUACCAGGUCCACGUCCUCGGGCUCGGGGAGAUCUGCCUCCCCAGGCUGCUGGAUAUGUUUCUCGUACACCAAUACCGUAUUGUGUGA